ACCUUGCCCCACGCCCGGGGACGCCCCUCAGAGCCCACCGCCGCUGUCGCCAGCCCACCUCGGCUGCCCCCCGGGGUCAGCUGCCAGGAGCCACAGCCGUCCAGUGAGGUUGUGCUGCGGACAGCCACGCGGAGCCAUCGCCUGGCCGCCUCCUGUCCAGCACCGACCCUCGGGCCCGCCCCGAGCGGGGACUGCGGCAGACAUGGGUGACAUGACCAACAGUGACUUUUACUCCAAAAACCAAAGAAAUGAGUCGAGCCAUGGGGGCGAGUUUGGGUGCACGAUGGAGGAGCUGCGCUCCCUCAUGGAGCUGCGGGGCACCGAGGCCGUGGUCAAGAUCAAGGAGACCUACGGGGACACUGACACCAUCUGCCGGCGCCUCAAAACCUCACCUGUCGAAGGUUUGCCAGGCACCGCUCCAGACCUGGAAAAGAGAAAGCAGAUUUUUGGGCAAAACUUUAUACCUCCAAAGAAGCCAAAAACCUUCCUGCAGCUCGUUUGGGAGGCACUGCAAGACGUGACGCUGAUCAUCCUGGAAAUCGCGGCCAUCAUCUCCCUGGGGCUAUCCUUCUACCACCCGCCUGGUGAAAACAACGAAGGAUGUGCAACGGCCCAGGCGGGGGCAGAAGAUGAAGGGGAGGCGGAGGCGGGCUGGAUCGAGGGGGCCGCCAUCCUCCUCUCGGUCAUCUGCGUGGUCCUGGUCACGGCCUUCAAUGACUGGAGCAAAGAGAAACAGUUCCGGGGCCUGCAGAGCCGCAUUGAACAGGAGCAGAAGUUCACCGUGGUCCGGGCUGGCCAGGUGGUCCAGAUCCCUGUGGCUGAGAUCGUGGUUGGGGAUAUCGCCCAGGUCAAAUAUGGCGACCUCCUCCCUGCAGAUGGACUCUUCAUCCAGGGCAAUGACCUCAAGAUCGAUGAAAGCUCCCUGACCGGGGAGUCUGACCAGGUGCGCAAGUCUGUGGACAAGGACCCCAUGCUGCUGUCAGGGACUCAUGUGAUGGAGGGCUCUGGACGGAUGGUGGUGACCGCCGUGGGUGUGAACUCUCAGACCGGCAUUAUCUUUACCCUGCUGGGGGCCGGCGGUGAGGAGGAAGAGAAGAAAGACAAGAAAGGUGUGAAGAAGGGGGAUGGCCUUCAGCUACCAGCGGCUGAUGGUGCGGCAGGUUCAAAUGCUACAGAUAGUGCAAAUACCAGCCUAGUCAAUGGUAAAAUGCAGGAUGGCAAUGUGGACGCCAGCCAGAGCAAAGCCAAACAGCAGGACGGGGCGGCCGCCAUGGAGAUGCAGCCCCUCAAGAGUGCCGAGGGCGGCGACACUGAUGACAAGAAGAAGGCCAACAUGCACAAGAAGGAGAAGUCGGUGCUGCAGGGCAAGCUCACCAAGCUGGCUGUGCAGAUCGGCAAGGCGGGCCUGGUGAUGUCAGCCAUCACGGUGAUCAUCCUGGUGCUCUACUUCACCGUGGACACCUUCGUGGUCAACAAGAAGCCAUGGUUGCCCGAGUGCACGCCCGUCUACGUGCAGUACUUCGUCAAGUUCUUCAUCAUUGGUGUGACGGUGCUGGUGGUCGCUGUGCCCGAGGGGCUCCCUCUGGCUGUCACCAUCUCACUGGCCUACUCGGUGAAGAAAAUGAUGAAGGACAACAACCUGGUCCGCCACCUGGACGCCUGUGAGACCAUGGGCAAUGCCACGGCCAUCUGCUCGGACAAGACGGGCACACUCACCACCAAUCGCAUGACGGUGGUGCAGGCCUACGUGGGCGACGUCCAUUACAAGGAGAUCCCCGACCCCAGCUCCAUCAACGCCAAAACCAUGGAGCUGCUGGUCAGCGCCAUUGCCAUCAACAGCGCCUACACCACCAAGAUUCUGCCCCCGGAGAAGGAGGGCGCCCUGCCCCGGCAGGUGGGCAACAAAACAGAGUGCGGCCUGCUGGGCUUCGUGCUGGACCUGAAGCAGGACUACGAGCCUGUGCGCAGCCAGAUGCCGGAGGAGAAGCUGUACAAGGUCUACACCUUCAACUCCGUGCGCAAGUCCAUGAGCACCGUAAUCAAGCUGCCCGACGAGAGCUUCCGCAUGUACAGCAAGGGGGCUUCGGAGAUCGUGCUCAAGAAGUGCUGCAAAAUCCUCAACGGGGCGGGUGAGCCCCGGGUCUUCCGGCCCCGCGACAGGGACGAGAUGGUGAAGAAGGUGAUUGAGCCCAUGGCCUGCGACGGGCUCCGCACCAUCUGCGUGGCUUACCGCGACUUACCCAGCAGCCCCGAGCCCGACUGGGACAACGAGAAUGACAUCCUCAGCGACCUCACCUGCAUCUGCGUGGUGGGCAUUGAGGACCCCGUGCGGCCCGAGGUCCCGGAAGCCAUCCGCAAGUGCCAGCGAGCAGGCAUCACUGUCCGCAUGGUCACCGGUGACAAUAUCAACACAGCCCGGGCCAUCGCCAUCAAGUGUGGCAUCAUCCAUCCUGGGGAGGACUUCCUGUGCCUUGAGGGCAAGGAGUUCAACCGGAGAAUCCGCAACGAGAAAGGGGAGAUUGAGCAGGAGCGAAUCGACAAGAUCUGGCCAAAGCUGCGGGUGCUGGCUCGCUCCUCCCCCACGGACAAGCAUACCCUGGUCAAAGGCAUCAUCGACAGCACACACACGGAGCAGCGGCAGGUGGUGGCCGUGACGGGGGACGGCACCAACGAUGGGCCCGCGCUCAAGAAGGCCGAUGUGGGCUUCGCCAUGGGCAUCGCAGGCACAGAUGUGGCCAAGGAGGCCUCGGACAUCAUCCUGACGGACGACAACUUCAGCAGCAUCGUCAAGGCGGUGAUGUGGGGCCGCAAUGUCUACGACAGCAUCUCCAAAUUCCUGCAGUUCCAGCUGACGGUCAACGUGGUGGCCGUGAUCGUGGCCUUCACGGGCGCCUGCAUCACGCAGGACUCCCCUCUGAAGGCCGUGCAGAUGCUCUGGGUGAACCUCAUCAUGGACACGUUCGCCUCGCUGGCGCUGGCCACCGAGCCACCCACGGAGACCCUGCUCCUGCGGAAGCCGUACGGCCGCAACAAGCCCCUCAUCUCGCGGACCAUGAUGAAGAACAUCCUGGGCCACGCCGUCUACCAGCUCACCCUCAUCUUCACCCUGCUCUUUGUUGGUGAGAAGAUGUUCCAGAUCGACAGCGGGAGGAACGCACCCCUGCACUCGCCGCCCUCUGAGCACUACACCAUCAUCUUCAACACCUUCGUCAUGAUGCAGCUCUUCAACGAGAUCAACGCCCGCAAGAUCCACGGCGAGCGCAACGUCUUCGACGGCAUCUUCCGGAACCCCAUCUUCUGCACCAUUGUGCUGGGCACCUUCGCCAUCCAGAUAGUGAUCGUGCAGUUCGGGGGGAAACCGUUCAGCUGCUCUCCGCUGCAGCUGGACCAGUGGAUGUGGUGCAUAUUCAUCGGGUUAGGAGAGCUUGUCUGGGGCCAGGUCAUCGCCACCAUCCCGACCAGCAGGCUCAAGUUCCUCAAGGAGGCGGGCAGGCUCACGCAGAAGGAGGAGAUCCCGGAGGAGGAGCUGAAUGAGGACGUGGAGGAGAUAGACCACGCCGAGCGCGAGCUGCGGCGGGGCCAGAUCUUGUGGUUCCGAGGCCUGAACCGGAUCCAGACCCAGAUCCGCGUCGUGAAGGCGUUCCGUAGCUCUCUCUAUGAAGGUCUAGAAAAGCCUGAGUCUCGAACCUCCAUCCAUAAUUUCAUGGCUCAUCCUGAAUUCCGGGUCGAAGAUUCACAGCCCCACAUUCCCCUCAUCGACGACACCGACCUGGAAGAAGAUGCCGCGCUCAAGCAGAACUCGAGCCCGCCGUCCUCGCUCAACAAGAACAACAGCGCCAUCGACAGCGGGAUCAACCUGACGACCGACACAAGCAAAUCAGCUACCUCUUCAAGUCCAGGGAGCCCCAUCCACAGCCUGGAGACGUCGCUUUAGCUGAGGACCCCGCCACCACCCACCUCCCGGGCACCCACCCGUCCAGGCACCCGACUCACCCAAGCAGCAACGAGCAACAGCAGGAAACCAAAUACCGGCGAGAAAACCGUUUCCACCCAACAGACCCUUUUUCUGGCUGCGAUGCUGUUUGAACUCUUUUUCACUUUGAGGCGAGGGCGGGAUCUCCUCCGGGGGCUUAAGGGAGUGAGCGGUUUUUCCCAGAACUAGCCCUUCCUGGCUCCCACCCGACAUGGGCCAGCCACGCGCCCAUGGCCCGGCGCCAUGUCCCCUGCAUGAAUGCACUCUACACUUCCGGUCCUCCCCUUGUUUGGUUGUUGGGGGGUUGGGGAGGGGUGUUUUUCGUUUGUUUGUUUGUCUUCUUAGGCGGGAACUGCAGACAGACUCUUUUCUGAGACUAUUUAUCCAAAAUCCACUGGUCUGUGAGUUUUUGAAAUGCUUGCACAGCAUGGUCUCAGUUGUAUAGGUUAAUUUAACAACUUUUUGAAAUUGCAGAGCUUAACUCGCCUAGUAAAUUUGCACCAAUGGAACCGAAGAACUUCAGACACUCACAAGGUUAUAUCCAUUUCUUUGUAUCUAUAUCAACGUAUACUUCUCCAAGACUGUAUACGUCCAUAUAGAUAGGUAGAUAUAUAUGUGUCUAUAUAUAUCUAUAUAUAUAGAUAUAUAGAGAUAUAUAUAAAUAUAUAUACAUGGAUAUAUAAAGUUUCUUUGCCGGCAUGUUGCCUUGUUUCUGCUUAAAUGGCUCUAUUUUAACUUAUUUAUGUCCUAAAAGAAGAAUGUAAUUUGUUUACAAACCUGUAGAUAACGUCUUGGGCUAUUUGUACGGUUUAAGAACACUGGUGGCUGAGAUGCUAUAAAAACACCUCAGCCUGACACACACCUCCCUGGAUUGCAUCCUUGAUGUUUUACGAUAGCCAUGCUCUGAUUUUUGCCUGCUACUUCCAUUCAAUAAUGUCACUACCGAGGGAGGCUCAGGCAGAAGCCAAACGUUAGCAAGUGUCCAUCCUGAGGGGUCCAACAGCGUGCUCCGUAGACAAAGGGGGAGGAGGAGAGAAGUCUUCCUGGGUUCAAAGCACUGACGGCCAGCCCGGCCCCAGGGUGACGGGGUUGGCAAAGCACUGGGUGAAGACUUUUCUCUCAAUGAAACUCACUUGAGUUUACUAAGAGCAUUUCAAACAGAGAUUCUCUCUGGCGCUGUCUGUACAGAGACUGAGGUAGUUUUGCAAUAUUAUAAAUGCUAUUGUGUUGAUUUUUUUUUUUCAGUUAGUAAUUUAGAGGCUUAUUUCCUUAUAAAGGGCAGCAAAUGAGCUGUUGGCAUAUUGGAUGAGGAUCAUUAUGGCUUGCUGCUUUUAUUUUUAUUUUUGAAGAAGAAUAGCCUUUUUCUCUGCACUAUUUAGAUCCGAACGAACCUUAUGACGUGUAUAUUGAGAUGUAUUCAGUGUGAUUUUUUUAAACCAAAUUGUCUUCCUGUAGUCGCAAUAUAUACUGUAGCCUUUGAACAGCAAGUCUUGCUUUCCCAGACAGAAAGCCAUUCUGAAACCCUACAGUAUCACAGGUGAGAAAAGGUGGUUAUUUUUUCCCUGAGACAAUAACAGCACUAGUAAUCCCACUUAAUAAGAGCUUAUUUAAUUGUAUGUCAGCCUCUUAACUGCUAAGCACUUUGUGGGUAUCAGCUUUUUUCAUAAAAGAACUUUUGUAUUUAAUACAAAGUUUGCUUUGAGACUUUUCAGCAUACGAUCUUUUUCCAUAAACUUGUACAGUGCAAAAGACAUUUUGAAUACCAUGAUCGAUGAUGUCCCAUGCUUCAAGGAAAACCAAACGCUUCUGCCUCGCUUGCGAAAUGCAUUCUUCACACUGACCCUUCCCACAGUUGCUCUGUGUCCAGCCGGGCCCUUCCCUUCUCCAGGCCCAGAGAAUUCUUCCACAAACAAGAUGAGAGCCACUCGGGAAAAGAGCCAUAGUCAGCUGGGAGGGCCUGCAUCUGGAUGGCUGUGGAGAAACCCGAGGGUUUAGGAUCCCAAGUCAGCCCAUCCCACCUGGCAAAACCUUCCUGGAAGGAGGACCUUCUUUGCGCAAGAGCAUCUCCUGAAUGUCAUGAAGAAAUAUCUCUGAAUGUACCCAGCAGAGGAAACUGCAUCCCCCGAGGGGUGACCACCCUCAGAUAUGUUUAUUGGAUUCCAAGACCAAUACCACCAAUACCGCCCACUGUUCUCCUCCGAGAAAGGAAAGACCCGCUCCUGUAAAACCUGGGGCAGCUUUGGAACGUGGUGUUUUUUGUAGUUUCCUUUUUCAAGGUUCUCCAUCUCCCGCUUUGUUCCAACCUUGUGUCCGUGACCUCAUUCCAUGACACCACCAGGAAAGCCCCGCUUGCACACCACGCUCCCUGCUCAUUUGGAGCCAGGACGCAAGGGAAGCAGGAGGGGUCUCCCCUAGUGGGACCCAGCCCAGGGGAAAGGGAGCCAUGGAAGCUACCGAGAAUGCCCCACGUCAGUGUUGGUCUUUUCUUGUCAGGAAUGAUGGAUGCUCACACACACACACACACCCUCGCCCUCACACUUGCACACACACAUCCACACACACAGGAAAUGAUUGGUUUGUCAGAACUCCCUGUAGUACAUAAAGCUUGCACUCGGCGUCCUAUAUCUAGCAGCAUGGGGUACGUUUGGCAGUUCACCCCAUUAGGGGGUAAAUAAUUUAUGACCAUUCAUCUGUUUUUAUGAAUUUUUUUAUCUAGACAAUAAUUGUAAAUAAAGAACUCACCAUCUCUGUUCAUUUAAUACUAUGCAAUGGUGAUGCUUUCAAUUGCUAACUCUUCUUACUCCGCAGUAUGGUUCUGAAAUGUCUGUGGUCUUAAAAAAAAAAAAAAGGCAAAAACCAACAUCAAACGGAACAUAGUAAAUAUAUACUCUGUAAUGUAUACUUUUUGCUGGUUUUGGACUGCACCAUCCCCUCAGCUUCUUGUCUGCCCUCUGGACAGGGGCUCCAGGAGAAGGUAGCAGAUUCAGUUCCAAGGUCUAAACUCACCAAUCUGUCUCCCCCUAACAGAUGACGGAAGAGCAGGGGGCCCAUUCAACGAGUCACCCACCUUUGGAGGUGGACAGGGAGGAAACUGAAGAGUUUCCUUCCCUAACUCAGCAGCAGCCUGGGUUGCUCCCACCAGCCCCCCACCAUAGCCCCUUGCCCCCUUGUCCCGACCAGAGCAGAGAGUGGACAAGAAGGAGGGCCCCCGCUUCUGAGACCAGACCAAUGAUAGCGACUGCACUGGGACAAGGACCCUGGACCUGUCUCAGCCCGGACAUCCCAGUUAUUGAACAGCCGCUCUUCCCCAACUGUGCUGAAAUUCCUCCUUUACCACAUCCUGACAGCUCAGAGAGACUUGGGUCUAUUUCUGGAAUAUCUCCUCUGUUCCCUUAUCUGGGUGUCUCAUCUGGCACCAACCACACAGUUUUAAUUAUUGUCACUUUAUAUAAUCUUUCAUUAUGUGGUGGGAUAAAUACCCUUCGCUUUUUUUUUUUUUUUUUUUUUUUUACAAAAUUUCCUGGUUAUUCUGUCACAUCUAUUCUUCCAAGUAAAUUUAAAAUGUUGCCAAGUCCUGUAUCCUCCUGCCCUCCUCUCACUCCAAAUAUUGGGCCCUUUCAUUGUAGGUGCAAACAUCUUCCCACCAUUGUAAGCACUGUCCACCACAGCUCACUAAAUAGAGAGCCCUCUAAGGAGAAAUAAAAAGGGCAUCGUGAAUCUUGAGGGAAGCCAGAUAGUCCUCCCAUCAUCUCACCUGUCCCCUAAGCCAGGGUGUUGUGAGGAGAGGCCACCAAGCCCCCACCCAAUCUCAGUGUGGGACCCAAAGUCACCCACCUUGGCUGUGCUGAGGUGGACCCUCCAUCUGCCCUGGUCCAGGCGAGAAAAAGGGGUCUCUCCCAGACCUGGAGCUACCAGAAUGUGUAGCCCAGUUACCAGUUCUCCUCAUGGAGAAAUGUUUAUUCCUAUUUCCCUUUCCUGAACUAUUCUGGGGGGGAGAGGGUCACCUCUUGCUCUUUAUUCACAGUUUUCAGCAGUUGUGAUACGUCCUUUGGGAUGCAGCAAUCUCUUGCCUGGACCUUCUCACCAGCCUGAUGACUCCCCCUAGCGGUUCUUGCUGUACUUACAGGAGGCUGUCAAACGCGCAGUGUGACAUGCCUCCCACCCAAAACUCUCUCUGUAGGGUCCGAGAUCCCACCAUUAGAAGAUGGGGGGUGGGGGUGGAGAUGGGUUGCGUUUCUCUGAAGGCUUCUGGGUCCUCCAGAGCCAAGGCUGAAAUCAAACAACAGCAGAAAAUCCCCAGGUCUUUCCCAAGUUCCAAAGCAAGCUCUCCUGAUUUUGAUGUAAAGAUCCUGUUCACCCAAGUGCGGGGAGGGGGAUCCCAGGCCCUGGGCAUCAGCCAUCACCCCCUCCACCGAAAACAAGAUAUUUAAGGCUGCUUUGGGACUGCCCUUCUUGGCCCCCUAAGUCUGUUUUGUAACGCCUGUGGUGCUCUCCCUCCUCACCUUUCCUCUCGGGGCUGGGGGGUUAGUCGCCACACUUUGCUAACUCUUGUGUGCACAUAUUUUAUACCAGAGUAGCGAGGAAAUGGUGCCGCCUCCAGCUUCCACGAGCUACCCGGGCUCUGGGGGGCUCUGGGAAAAUCGGGGCUGGGAAGUGACUGUGCUCUUAUUGUACACUCUUGAUUUCUCUGUAUCUCUGGCUUGUGCUCUUUGUAAUUAAUGGGAUUUGUCUGCCUUUUCAACACUAUACUGAGCAAUAACAAUAAAUGCACACGUGGAAAUGCAGACACAGUA